GAGCAGACAGACAGGUUGUGAAGCGGCUGCGGGACAUCAACAGACUGUUCCCUUGUACUCUAUCCGGUGUAAUGUACAAACCUAGUUUAAGUUUUUCUAAAUGAUUAACAGCACGGUGCAAGAUUAACCACCACACAUAUUUGUUGUAACAUACCCGACACAAGGUUAGACAUGAGACUCCGCUGCCUACUUCUGCUUUGCCUGGCGGCAGCCCUGUCAUCUGCCUUUGUGGUUUCACCUCCACACAUGUGGACCAAACUGAUCCUGACCCACCACUGGCCGAGCACCUUCUGUGGUAUGGAACACCCAGCCUGUCAUCCCAACAUUAGCUACUGGACACUACAUGGACUCUGGCCAGAUAAAGGAAUUGACUGCAAUUCAUCGUGGCAUUUCAACUCUUCUCAAAUAGAGGACUUGCUUCCAGACAUGAAGAAGAGUUGGCCUGACUUGAUUAACCCCUCUUCUGCUGGAUUCUGGAAGUAUGAGUGGCACAAACAUGGAACAUGUGCAGCCAAAGCAGCUUCUCUGAAUAGCCAACAUAAAUACUUCGGCAAGGCACUGGAACUAUACCAUAAAGUGGAUUUGGACAGCAUCCUGAAGAAGUUUGAUAUCACCCCUUCAGAAAAUUACUACAAACUUUCACAAAUUGAAGGAGUCAUAGAAAACUUCUACAGCGUCACACCUAAGAUCCAAUGUGUCCAUCCGUCAAAGAAUGCAGAUUUUCAGAUUUUGGGGCAGAUUGAGAUCUGUUUCAACUCGGACUUCACCCUCCUGGACUGUGAGAAACAGUUUACCAUGAAGACAACAUCCAAGGGAGAAUGGGACAGUCCCAUUGCUGUUGACAAGGCAUCUGGGUUCAGUGUGUGUGACCAGGAUAUGCCAGUUUACUACCCACCUCUUUCAUAAAACACAUACUGUACAUGUGCAAACUGAAACGCAAAAGCCCACUCCACAUACAAACAAACGUACUGUGAUUUAGAUCACUGACUAAUUCCAUUUUUUUUCUCACAAUAAUUACCAUUAUUUUAACAAUAAUGUAUGGCAACAAUACCCUCACACAAUUAGUGGAGUCUGAAAACACUUUGUACUGCAUGAAAAUGACCUGUGACAGGUACUUUGAUGUUCUUUUUAUAUCGUACAAAAACCAGGACACACGCUCUCCUACUAUGUGGUGCUUUAAUGGAAUUAAGUGCCUUCCUAACCCUUGCUAGUAGCGGGAUCCAAUAUAGUGCACAGCAGGUUUCUUUCCAUUGCUCAACAGGGGGCCUCAUGGUGAGUUCAGCGGGCGGGCAGAUGGACAGUUUAUGUACUGUAUCUUGUGGAGCCUUGCAUCAGAUUUGCAGGUGACUCUUACUUCAUGUUAUUUGUAGUUUAGAUGUCAAACCUUACAUCUUCUCGGACGGACCAUAUUUUGUACCACAUUUGUGUCCUUAUGUGCGACUUCUUAAGUGUUAUUUCUUAUUUGCGUGAUUGGAUUUUUCGUUAAUAAAUAAAUGCUUUUUCAACAUUGUGAUAAUUAAAUUAAUCCAAUACAUCAAAAUAGCUGGUGUUCCUUAUUGUUAAAUCCAUAUACAAAUACUAUUGGGUAAUAUACAUAUUUUUAAGGGCUUUGGAGGCAGGGGCCAUCACUUUUUUAACAAAUUGCAGCUUUGCAAAAUCACCAACAGCUCUCAGGGAUCAUAAACUAGUGGUAGUGGUCAUUAGCUACCUUCUGAUUACAUAAGCCAUUCUUUUUCUGUUAUGUUAUAGGCCUGGUUAGGUCUGGCUAUGUUGCUGAAAGAAGAAUGUUUUAGCUUGAAACCAAUAGUCCAUACAUUAUGUAUAGAUGAGAAAGUUAAUAUGGUACAUCGUGUGUUAAGUAAAUGCUUCAGUUUCUUCUACGUCUUUUAUUUUGACAGAUAUGAGUCCAACAUAUUGCAAAUGUUUUGGUAAACACUAUUUAAUCCCCAAUUUAUUUGUACAAUCACCUGUUUCUAAUAGGGCUGUUUGGCUAUGGCUGUUUUUGUGCAUAUCUAAAUCAAUUCAGUGUAAGAUAAAAGGUGAAAUUAUAAUUAUAAUUACAGCCACAGAGGUAAAAUGCUGUUGCUGAAAUGAUCAUUUGUAUAUUAUUAUUUUUUUAAUGUCAAUAAAACCUUCAAAAUCUA